AGCUUACCUGUUGUUAUUCUUUGCCCUCCCCUUCUGUUCCAGGGCUCCUUGGAAAUAACACACAGUUUGGAAGAUGAUCCUCUACUGGAUGCACCACUCAUUUCAUCUCAUACAUUGCAUUCCCAACUGAGGCCAAGAUUUCAUGCUAUCCCAGCAGUUCUCCUUGCCAAUUUUCUGUUGCUAAUACACGUUGCUUUUGUUGUUCUAGCAUUUUUAGCAGCUAUGUUUUGUUCUUACCCCAAUCCAAGUCAAGAUAAGUGCCCUGGAAACUACACUCACCCACUUAAAGUACAGACAGUCAUAAUAAUUGCAAAAGUGCUCCUGUGGAUUCUGCAUGUCUUUUUUGAGCGAUACAUCCAGCACCACCACAGUCAAGUCAGAAGAAGAGGUUACUUCUCAAUAUACCGAUCAACAAGGUGUCUAAAAAGGCUUCCACUGCUGAUACACUCUACAGGUAAUACAGCCCUGCUGUUGAUUCUGUCAGUGCAGCAUUCCUUUCCUGAUCGCAGUAAAGUGUACCUGUAUCUUAUCUUGGGAGUCCUGGGCCUGGAGCUGAUUAGCUCCCUGACAUGCUUAGUGUUUUACACAGUGAAAAUAAGCAACUUCAAUCGUGCCAAGCCAAGACCUGACAUAAUAGAAGAAGAAAAGAUGUAUGCCUACCCUAGCCACAUUACCUCAGAAAUUGGAUUCAGGGAAAAUUCAAGUUUAGAAGAGAUAGUUGAGAAGCAAGGAGACGUAAUAGAGUAUCUUCAACGACACAAUGCACUGCUCAGCAAGAGACUGUUGGCACUAACAUCUCAGCAAAUCAAAACUUAACAGCAUUGGGAAAACAGCUGCUGGAGCUCUGGAGGGAAAUGAUGCCAUGUAAUAUCCAGACUGAUUUGUACAGAUGACUCUUCUUCAGUUGUCUUUCAUGUUUUGAAAUAGAAGUUAAGCUGGAAGGAUGAGUUCUCCAUACACUAUAAAGCUGUUACAGCUGGA